AUGUUUGAGCACAAGGAGGGAGAGGAUCAAGCGCUUACAACUUCAACUGUGCUUAUACCUUCGCUUUUCCACCGAGUUGAAAAUGAGUUUCGUUACAAAACGACAUUGAUCUUGCCGUUUAAGAAGACUGCUUCAGAUGCCUCGAUGGGGUAUUGCACUGUUCGGGUUGAAGAAGAUCCGGGACUGGAGUCUUUCUCAGCGUCGCCCAAUCACUGUGAUGGAGAUCUUGCGAAAAGAGCUUGGCCCUAUUCACCUCCGGACCCAUUGGCGAUGCCCAUUGGAUCGUCGUCCCAAAUGAGCUUCGAUUAA